CCAGUCUCCAGUCCAGGCGGCCGGGGCGGCGCUGGUUGCUAGGAAGCCAGGUUUCCACCAAUCACCUGCCCAGUUCUCAGUGGGCGGGACGCGGCUCGCAGCGUCUGUGGUAACCUGGAGGCUGCAGAGGAGAGGGCCUAAGCCGGAGAGGUGGGCUCCCUGGCUGCGGUCGGCCGAGGUUCCGUGAGGGUCCCAGUUCCGGUCCUGGUGACUGGAGGAGGAGUGGGGGCCCUUCUCCCCAACUCCAGCCGAAAGGAAGCGGGCGUCCCUGUCUGGCCUGAUAGCUUUGUGUUCAAAUAAAGGUGACCGCUGGAAUUAUUCUCAUCCACUUUUUUAAUGUAAGGAGGGAAAAUGACUGCUGGUUCAGUGUGUGUCCCUCAGAUCAUACCAUUGCGAGUGCCUCUGCCCGGAAAAGCCAACCAUGAAAUUGAUAACAAUACCCUUUUGGAAAUGAAAUCUGACACCCUAGAUGUCAACAUAUAUUACACCCUGGAUGGCAGCAAACCUGAAUUCCUGAAGAGAGUUGGUUAUGGUGAAAAUACUACAUUUAAAUAUACAAAACCCAUCACUCUACCUGAUGGAAAAAUACAAGUUAAAGCUGUUGCUGUCUCUAAGAAUUGAAGAAUGGACUUUUGGGAUCAAAACUAAGGAAGAAAUAUAAGAAUGCCAAAAAUAAACAAGGCUGGAAUGUUAACUUUAGAAAGUUUGCAGGUAUGAUGUGACAGGACAAGGUAAAUUUUUUUAUUCAAAACCACCAAACAGGUUCACUGCUUGUUUCCUUGUCUGCAGACCUUGCUGGGAUAAGAGACGCUGGGGUACAGAAGUGAGCUGUAACUGGAGUUCAGUGCUGUCCUUGCUGACAGCUUAAGACCAUGACAGUAACCAAGGAGUCCAAGAAAGUCAGAUUUAUCCACUCACUGCAAUGGGGGAGACCACACACCAGAACCACCAUGGGCAUCUUACCAGGGGAAAAGACAGUUGUAGGGAUUGGGGGCUGGGUGGUGUUUGGGUGAAAUUUAAAUGAAAACUAAGUUUUGAUAGGCACAAGGCAAAGCAGGGCUGUGUGUGAAGUGUCACUGCCUGUUGGGUCUGCAAAGGGCCCAGGGCUCUGUUACCUUGGGAACCACAGAGAUAAAUGUGGAAUGCUGUGUGCAGAAACCCUUCUCUGAAACUGCAGUGGGAAGUUGAGGCUGCUUCUCUGUGUCUAAGUGACUCUUCAGGCAAGAGUUGGAUGUUUCAUUCUUACUGACAGGAUUUCAAACAGCACAGUUUUUGAUAAUCUCUGGUUUUAGAGAACAUGGUUUGCCAACAAGUAAGAAACAGUAGUGACUCCAAAUGGGGGCUGUUAGGACAUUUACAGCUGCAGCAUGUCUUUGGGAGAAGUAAUGUUUCUUGCUAACCUUGCAAUUGGGUUUGUCUUUUUCCAGCCUAUGAAGGAUGUUGUGGGACGUUGUGGAAUGUAGUGGGGCAGAUCUCAGUCUGGGCUAAUUUUUUCAUUCUCAGUGCCAAUUCACUGCAUAGAGGUUUCUUUAUAUAACAGCUACUUCUAGAUAAAGAAUGUGAUGACAGUGGUCCCUUUAAAGGUGUCCAACUAUGAGGACAUAUUUACAUGAUUACAUGUGUAAUUGCAGAUGUUCACAGAGCAAUGUUUUUGAUAUAAUUGUAGACCUCGAGGUAGGUGAAAGAACUGACCCUAAAACGUUGAAAGAUCUUCACUUCUCAGAGAGUCCCCUGGAAAUCCCAGCUUACCAUGAAGAAUCAGGUUCUAGACCACCCACCCUCCAGUUUCAGUCCCCUAGUUUUGCACAUGCAACUGGCCAGAAGAGUUUGACAAGCACAGAGAUCAUGAGAAUUCAAAGGGACAUAGACUUUCUUAAGUGUGCCCACUGCCUUGCCCCCCGCCCAUCUGAUCCCUUUGCUCACUUCUGUCAAGAAUGUGGCUCUCCUGUCCCACCCAUGCUUGGCUGUCGUCUCCCACCCCCAGAAGGAGCUCAGAUGGGCUUAUGUGCAGAAUGUGGAAACAUGGUGCCCAUGAACACUCCCAUCUGUGUGGUGUGUGAGGCCCCUCUUGCUCUCCAGCUGCAGCCACAGGCCAGCCUCCGCUUGAAGGAGAAAGUUAUCUGCCGCACCUGUGGCACGGGCAAUCCUGCCCAUCUGGAAUACUGUGUCACCUGCGAGGGGGCCCUGCUUUCAUCACAAGAGUCCAGGUGCAGUGGAGAUAAAGCUCCUCCUCUGCCCACCCAGAGAGGGGAGACCAUGUCCUGCUCCAAAUGUGGUCACCGCAAUCGCCGGGAGGCUCGCUUCUGUGACUGGUGUGGAGCCAAGCCUGGCAUUCCUGCUUGCUACUCUGUUUGCCCUAAAUGUGGGGCCAGCAAUCACCCAUCUGCCCGGUUCUGUGGCUCCUGUGGUAUUUAUGUGAAGUCCUUGGCAAAACUUAGCAUGGACAAGAGCCUGUCUCUAGCUGCUGGAGGACCUGGCUCUUUGGCUGAGCCCCGAUCUGCCUGGCAGUUCCUGAGUGUUCCUUUGACCAGACCUGAUGCUGGCCCUAAGAAGGACGUAGGCACACAGACCACUGGCCUGUUCUACCCAUCUGGCACAGUACUAGCCAAAAAGGAACUGGAAAUGGUUUCUGAAAAGCAGAGACAGGAGGAAAUGAGUGACCAUAAGCCUCUCCUCACAGCCAUCAGCCCAGGGCGAGGGUAUUGGAGAAAACAGUUGGAUCACAUCUCUGCUCACCUCAGGUCUUAUGCUCAGAACAACCCUGAAUUCCGGGCCUUGAUUGCAGAACCCAGGAUGGGAAAGCUUAUCUCUGCUACUGUCCAUGAAGAUGGAUAUGAAGUUAGCAUCAGGCUGAAUUAUAUUCAAGUCUCAAAUAAGAACACUUACCUCAACAAUGCAGUGAAUUUCAGUGACCACUUCCUGAGCAGUGUCACCGAGGGUGGUAAUGGGCUGUCCGGCAGCAGGUCCAGCUUGGUGAGUGACUAUAGCCAGAGCACCCCAGAUACCACUAAAAAAGUCAAGCGGACAAAGACUUUCAAGACCAAAAAAUUUCAAGAAAAGGAGGAGCCGCUUACACCUGAGAACAGGCUCCUGCUGAGGGAGGUCGGAGCCACAGGGGAAGGAAGAGUCUCUGUGAUGGAGCAGCUGCUCGAUGACGGAGCAGAUCCUAACUGCAGUGAUAAUAAGGACCGACCCCUUAUAACCAUGGCUGUUGUGAAUAAGCACCAUGAAGCAAUUCCAGUUCUUGUGCAGAGAGGAGCAGACAUCGACCAACAGUGGGGACCGCUUCAAAAUACAGCUCUUCAUGAAGCAACUCUGCUUGGCCUGGAAGGAAGGGAGUGCAUUGCUACUUUACUGCGAUGCAAUGCAAACACCCAAAAGAAGAAUAUGAGAGGCCAGACAGCAUACGACCUGGCGCUGGGAAUUGGGGAUGACUUCAUCACCUCACUUUUCGCUGCUAAGCUUGGCCUGGAUGACUGUUAGACCCGAGGGUCUCUGUGGAGUUUCAUUUAAAGAACCCAUCCAGCUCUGGCUGUUCUUUGUUUAUUUCUUUCUGAAAUGUGUAUUUGUAGUUUGGGAAUUGAGGCUGAGUAGAACUCAUAUGAUUUUUUAUUAUAUGUCAGUAUGAGCCACCAAUACCCCUUGGGCGUGUCCCAAUAUGCCCAGGAUGAUGAUGAGCUUAAGGUAUGUUUUUUUAAUUGUUUAUUGGUGCUUAUUUUAUAAUCUUCCUUUAAGUUUAUUUUUCAACAGAUAAUUGCACAUGGUUCAAAGCUAAAAAGUAUAAAGUAUUAUAUAGUGAAAAAUCUCCCUCAUUCCCUGUCCAACCUCCACCCAUGGGCCCUCCUCAGAGGCAACCAGACAGAGUCAACUGUAUCUUUCCAGCAAUAGUUUAGGAUUAUGUAAGCACAUUAUAUAACAGAUGCAUAUGUACAAAGUGUACAUAAGAUAUAAAUACACAUAACACAGAUAUACUCCAUCCCCUCUUCUAGGACAAAUAGUAUAGCAAAUCACGCACUGUUCUGUGUCACAUUCCUUUGCAUAAUGUAUCUUUAGGUGGCUCCAAGUUAGCACAUAAAAAUAGUUUAUUUAAAAUAUUAGUCUUGUUGAACUCACCAAUAUUCCUAUUGCUACGAUUUGUUCUUUGGUUUAAAUAAGCUUUGAAUAAACUAUCUGCAGGAACAUGUAAGUUUGCCUUAUUUCUUUAUUCAAUUGUUAUUUCAGUCUCUGGGUCGUAAUGCUAUAAUCAAGGAAUCCCUAAAUUGUUUCUGUUCAUGUAUGUAAAUAGUGUCAUUUAAAUGGGGUUGGGUGGCCGAAAGGAGGCCUUUAUGUGUUAGAUCUACUAGAAAUGUAAAGAGCAAAACACUAUUAAAUUAUUAGAUGUUACGAAAAUAUU